CCUAAGUACCAUUUGCGAGGAGUCAAAUUCUUGCAUGCAUGAUGUGAAGCAGCGAGAGAGUGAACGAGAGGCUGAAAACGGCAUCACGAACCAGUGGAUAACAUCAACAAAAAUGAGUUUGAUUGGCCGUCUUCUCCCCCCGCUGCCUUCUUCAAUCUCCAGAAAAUCGAAUCUGGAAGUCUCUCCACAACCGCAAACCGCAAUAGCUAGCUUACAAAAUCCAAAUCGGAGACCGAUUCUCUCAAAACUUCUUUCUAUAGCCCUCACUGUCGCUUUGGGUGCUCCUUUACCUUCAUUCGCAAUCCCUUCUCUCAAUUCUCAGUCUCCUCCUCCACUCUCUUCCACCACCCCAUUCUCCCAAUCCAAGAGCUUAAAAUUAGGACUGGAAAAUGGGAAAAUUAGGCCUUGCCCAUCCACGAAUCCGGGAUGUAUAUCAACAAAUCCAAGGUCUUCGUCUUUUGCAUUCCCAUGGAGAAUUCCUGAGAAUUCUCCAGAGGACGCAAUUCAGAAAUUGCAACAAGCAAUUCUAGAAACCCAGAAAAAUGCUAAGAUUCAGGCUGUUGAAGACACCCCAAAUGGGACAUAUUUGCAAGCUGAGGUGGAUGGUGGGUUUAAUGGGAGGGAUGUACUUGAGUUUUUGGUGAAUGGAGAUGUGGUUGCUUAUAGGUCUAUGGCCACCAAAGUGACCUACAUAUAUCCAUUCACAACAGCUUUAGGAGACUCAAAGGGACAAGAAGAAAGAAUGAUGAAAAUCAUGGAGCAGUUAGGCUGGUAUGCUCCAAAUUUUGACUCCAUGGAUUAGAGUUCAUCAUAUAUUUCCUGGUUUGCAGAUUGUUUCAUUCAUGUACUGGUAUUAGACCAGCAUCACUACUUUGUGAUUUGUAAAACAUUCAAUUCUUAAUUUGAGAAAUCAUUGCACAAUGCACAUAUUUCAC